AUGGAUGAUGGAUUGCCAGAGAAUGUUUUUUCUUUAAAGAACGAUGAUUUUUAUGAAUUUAUUCAAGUAUUAGUUGGACAACAAAUGGCGGAUAUUCUAAAAUUCCAAUCAAUUACAUCUACACAAUCUCUUAUUCGAAACCCGAAUAUCUUUGCAAUAUUUAAUAUGAAUUCUUCGGAAUCUAGUUUCUUAAUGAUAAGAGAAAGAUCAUGUUUUCAACUUGAUAAUGGAGCAUUUAUUGUGAAGAUUGGAUAUAUUGAACUUAUUGGAAAAAAACAUGUUCUUGAAUUAAAAACAUUAAGUGAAUAUUUAUUUCGACAAUUAAAUUUCAAUUCACAAAAACAUAAUUACUCUUCUCAAAUAAGCAAUAUAGAUGAUGAAGUAUUUGAAAGUGACGAUGAUAAUGAUGAAGAUGGAGAUGACACAACAAAUGAUUUCAACAUGAAUGAGGACAAUGAUGAUAGCUCUAUUAACAACGAUUACACUGAUGAAGAUGAACAAAAUAACACUCAAGAUUUAAUAAAUACUACAAAGAAAGACUUCUCUGGAGUAAAAGUUGCCGAUAAAGUGGAGCCUCAUAUUGAACAUACCUAUUUUAAAGUGAAAUAA